AUGAACUACCAUUAUGCAGCGGAGAACGUGCCCCUUGGCUUCGUGUCGUGCGACUUGUCCGGGUCGCCCGUGCUCUUGCGGCGCAACCACAUGUCGGUGUUCUUUUCGGCCACCGCUUCGAUCCUCGGCGACCGCCCGGUGACGAUGGGAGACCUCUACGACUCGAUUCUAUUGCUUACGUUGUUUGCAAUAGCAUCCUACUAUGCUUCGCUCGAACGCCAGUGCGCCGGUCGCCAUGUUCCGACCGUCCUUGCGCGGACCGUAAGCGUGCUGUCUGGUGACGCGGCAACGCAAACGUCGUUUGAGCGCCAAGGACGUGGCUGCGACCGGCCUCGCCCCGCCCUUCACCGUAUGAGCGCCGUCGUCCUGCAUGACAUGCGCGCCGCGGCUACCGCCAGUGCGUGCUUUGUGACCUUUCUCUUCGAUGCGACGCCGUCAUUUCUCGCGGAGGUGACGCUCUACGUGGCCGACGGUGUCUACGAAAGUGCCCACGCCGCACUCCAGAAGCUGGCUGCGCUCGGUGCAAGUGCGCCGUCGCUGGACGACUCUGUGACGCUGACCGUCGAUGUCGUCUGUGACGUGAGCUGGGGUAUGUUUGAAGCGCAAGUCGAAGAGCUGCCUCUGUGGCAAGCCGCCAUCACCCACGUGCACGUGUCGCCGGCCAAGUCGUCGCAGACUGCGUGGACCUUGCACCGUCUACUCUACAUCUUGUACCCCUUUGCGCCGUCCGUUCUUCAGGUCGAGCGAGACGCACUCCUUGCAGCCUCGGAGGUCUUGGAGCUCGUACCCGAUGCGCAUCGGUGGUUUGUGUCGCAGGUCGGUCUCGCCUCGGACGCUGGCGACUGCGCUCUGACCGUUGUCUCGGCCUCGGAUGUUCCCAAGCGGCUGCUUUUGCUGCUGCUGCUGACACACCUUGCGACCCCGCCCUGUGCGCCCUUGUCGUCGAUCGAGCUCGCGUCGGCGAUUGCGCUUGAGAUUAAGCUCGACCUGAAGGUCGUGGGAAGACUUCUCAAUGCUGCAUGGAAUGGCAAGUUGGCUGACGUCCAAUAUUAUCUCGACAAAGGAGUCAACGUCAAGUGCACGGACAGCGAUGGUUGGACACCAUUGCACUACGCUGCUUCCGGAGGUCAAGUGGACGUCGUCCGCAUCCUGCUUGACAAAGGCGUCGAUGUGGACGCGCCCGAUGUGAUUGGUUAUACACCACUACACCGUGCCGCUGAAAGCAAAAAGUCAGAAAUUGUCGAACUACUCUUGGGAAAAGGCGCCAAAAUCGACGCCAAAAACAAGCUCUUUGAUGCUCUGCGCAACAAGCGCAUUGAUGACGCCAUGCGCAUUCUUCAAAAAAACUUUCUCUACGGCAACCUCCGUGACAGCUCUGAGACACCGUUGCUGCACUUGGUCGUGGCAACGCAAGAUCUAUCGCUGCUUCAAACGUUGCUUCGGAAACCUGACCUUAAAAUCGAUGCCAAAGACUCGGUAUUUCCAUAA